AUGUCCAUCUUCACACUUGCUUUCCUUCUCACAAUCAUUUACACAAGUGGCUUGUACGCAUACUCAUCAACCACAACAACCGCCAUCUCUGCCGCCACAAUAACCACCACAACAACCGCCUCCACGUUAAUGUCAGAUUCAAGAUUGAUUUCUUCAAGAGUAUGGUUUCUUGAAGAAAUUGGUCAUUCUCCUUUGAAUCCAAAUUUGGUUUCGGUUUGUGUUGGAGCUUGCAAGCUAGUGCCAUGGGAUGAACGAGCUGGAGAAGGAGCUGCCAUUGCCAUGAAGAACUGA